CCGUGUUUCGCGCGCUGUCGCACGAGCUGGACGGUCUGCGCGCUGACCCGACCAAAAAUGCGGAACAGAUUGCGGCGACGGAGAGGGCGGUGCGUGCGCGGGCGAUGGAGCUUGGUUCCGCGAAGCUGCAGGCAACCGAAGAGGAGCAACGCAAUUACCCAUUUCUUCCGAGACGCGUGGAUGACGUGCUUAUGAGCGACCUGCGCCUUGCGGAGGACGGCGUGUUUCAGGAGCUGGUGGCCAGGCGUGACGCACUGGUGGCGGCAGGGCCUGGCAGCAAUCCUGAGUUGCUUACGGCGACGGAGCGCCAACUGCGCGGGCGAGCGAGCGAGCUUGCUGCUGCGAAAAAGGCGGUGGACGCGUUCCGCACCGACGAGGACGAGGCGGUGCGUGCGCGUAACCCCUUCCUGGAGUCGAACGAGGUGAAGCUGGUCCCCCUGCGCGAGUUUGGUCUCCCGAGCGACCCCACUUACGCGGCGCUGGCAAACGAGCGGCUGCAGUUGAUGCAGAGCCCUGUGAGGAACGCAGCUGCCAUCGCUGCGACGGAGGAAGCGCUACGGGGGCGCGUGGAGGAGCUCGCGCUGGCACGUGCAGCGGCUGAGGACGUAUUGCUAGCCAAGUACCCGUUCUUUGCGGCAUUGCCAGGGGCUGUGUUGCUGGCAAAUGAGGAUAUAAAACGGAGUCCACUCUUUGCGACACUGGCUGCUCGCUACGAGGAACUUGCGGCGCAGCCGGAGGUGGAUGAGUCGGAGCUGGAGACGGUGAAGGAUGCACUUCUGCAGAGCGCAGCCCGACUGUUGAGCGAGGAAAAAGAGGCAGAGCAGGCGGCUGCGGAAGCGCGCAAUGCCCUCCACGCGCAGUAUCCCAUGUGCGCGCGUGACGUGGGGGACGCGGUGGCGAAGGACCCCACAAUUGCAGGUCUCAUUGCACGACGCUCGGAGCUACUGAAGGACCCUGUGGGAAACGCUGACGCGAUUGCUGAUGUGGACAACAUUCUGCACCGGCGCGGUCUCGAGGUGGAGGCCGCACGCAAGCGCCGUGGGAAGCCUUUGCAGCCCGAUGGGCUUUUUGCCUUUGACGACGUUGAGCCCGACGACAGGGAAGUCUCUGACUACCGGGCACGUCGCCAGCGUCAGAGGCAUGCAAGACAGCUGCAUGCGUGCAUCAUUCCGGAGGGCGAGACGGGUGAGAUCAUCGAUGAAGAUGCGCAGCUGUCACAGAAGCCGCUAAUUGCGUCCUCUGUUGUCAAAAGCGACCCGUACUUCCAGGAACUUGGCGUCCUGCGUGACGCGCUGGUGGUGGAGGGCAGGGAGGUGAAUGCCCCGGCGAUCCAGUGUGUGGAGGAGCAGAUGCGGCGCCGCAUGCAGCAGCUGCGCUCUGACGAACGGAAGGCGGCGAAGGCUGAGGCGCGCAGAGAGCAGUGGCUUCUGGAGCAGCACCCGUACUUGGAUGGUGUGGCGCUCGCAGGCCUUCCCCUUAGUAAACUCGGGCUUUCAGAGGACGAGGAGUUUACGAGGCUCGCGGAGGAACACACGGUGCUCGCAGCGUCACCGGAGAAGAACGCCGAGGCUCUGGCGGCGAAGGAGCAGUGUUUGAAGGCGCGUGCCGCGCACCUGGCUGCUGCAGUAGUGAGACAGGAGGCUGCGCUGCGCGAGCAGAUGCCGUACCUGAUGCAUCUUCCAUUUGACGUGGCGCUGCGUGAGCUGCACCUGGAGAGCAACCCCGAGUUUGUGGCUCUCCUUGCGAAGCACGCGGCUCUGUGCGAGGACCCCGAUCGUGCUGGCGGCGCGGAGGCAAAGCGGCUGGAGAGAGCGAUGCGGGAUUUGGCGAAGAGAAUUGCGGAGGACGUGGUGGAGGCCCGGCGCCGCGCGCUUGUGGAAACCGAGAACCUGCAUGAGAAGCACCCGUGCCUGCCGGAGGAGCCGGCGCCCGGUGUUGCCAUUGUGGAAGUGGGUUUGGUGGAGGAUCCCGUGUUUCGCGCGCUGUCGCACGAGCUGGACGGUCUGCGCGCUGACCCGACCAAAAAUGCGGAACAGAUUGCGGCGACGGAGAGGGCGGUGCGUGCGCGGGCGAUGGAGCUUGGUUCCGCGAAGCUGCAGGCAACCGAAGAGGAGCAACGCAAUUACCCAUUUCUUCCGAGACGCGUGGAUGACGUGCUUAUGAGCGACCUGCGCCUUGCGGAGGACGGCGUGUUUCAGGAGCUGGUGGCCAGGCGUGACGCACUGGUGGCGGCAGGGCCUGGCAGCAAUCCUGAGUUGCUUACGGCGACGGAGCGCCAACUGCGCGGGCGAGCGAGCGAGCUUGCUGCUGCGAAAAAGGCGGUGGACGCGUUCCGCACCGACGAGGACGAGGCGGUGCGUGCGCGUAACCCCUUCCUGGAGUCGAACGAGGUGAAGCUGGUUCCUUUGCGGCUUGUUUCCUUGGAGGAGGAUCGUUCUUCAAACGCUUUUCAACGGAAGCGCUAUCGUGCGUUGGCUUUGGGUGAUGCUUUUGGUAUUUUUCAAGCUGAUGCUGAUCUCAUACGUCGUUUUCGAUUGUUAGCUGACAAUGUUUUUCUUGAGGAAGAGUCGUUGCGUGCGGGUUUUGGUUAUGUUGGGUCGUUUGAUAGUUCUGUGGGGAGCUUUUUAUGCGAGUUGAAUCUUCAUGGAGAUGAAUGCGUUGGGGAUUUGUUGGAGAUGUUGAAUGGGCGUCUUGGCUCUGGUAAGUCGGUAGAUUCUCCUGGUGUACUUACCCUGCGUGAAAGGAUAAAGCUGCGUGUGGAUGAGUUGAGGGCUUCUUAUGACCGGGCAGAACGUGAGGUGGCCAACGAGUUGCAGUCGCUGAGGCGAGAAUUUCCCACGUGCAUAAGGGAUGCCAAUCCAGCGCUUCGAAGUGACGAUGUGCUCUGCAUAAUGGAGCGUACGCGGCAAGAGGCGCUGGCGGCGGAUGAUGCAGAUGUGCGCGCUGUUGAACUUAUUGAGAAUGAACAGUUGAAUCGGUCAAUUUUUUUCAUAAACGACGAGCGCUGUGUCUUUGCGGCGCUUGAGGCGUACUCCAUUGCGGAUGAGGAGCUGAAGAAGGCAUGUGAUGCAAAGUGCUCGCGGCAACAUAUAAAGGGCUUGUCUUCUGAAAGGGACGUGGCGCAGUACAAACACCGACUUUGGCGUGCACGGCAGAAUCGCCGCCGUCUUCACUUGAAGUUUUUCACGCAUUACAGAGAGGGGGACGAGGAGGUGACGGUUUCGGACGAGGAAACUUUGUUCGCCGCAAAAGCAGCAAGCACCCUGAGUGCAGAGGACUCAUACUACUUGUACCUGCAGCAAUGUAAGACAAGGAAGUUGCUUGGUGCACCCUCCCCUGCCGUCCGUUGUCUGACAGAGAUGAUGAAAGGACGUGUGUUGCAGCUCAACACGGAUGUCACUCAGGCGCAACUUGCUGAAAACCGGGUGGAGUCUGAACUGCAGAAAAAGUACUUUUAUUUGCACGUUCCUUUUGGAGAUCUUUCGCAUUCGCGGAUCCCUUUUGAACAGGACGCUGAUUUCAUGCGCCUUGUGGCGGAACGUCAGGAACUACUGACACCGCCAAAGGAAUUGCUGCAGCGAUUCCCUUUCUUAUCCAAAACCAUUAACGGCACUAGCAUCGCACAACUCGGUCUUAUGGGGGAUCCCAUCUUUACAAAACUGGCGGCAGAGCGAGAGGAGCUGCUUGGACCAUUAAGAACGGCAUCGCGGGCGGUAAAUGUGAAGGAGAAGCAAAUCCGAGAACGCUGGGAUGCACUAGUAUCAAACGCCAUCAAUGAGGAGAAUGAGUUGCGGGCGCAAUGGCCGCACCUGAUGCAUCUUCCAUUUGACGUGACGCUGCGUGAGCUGCACCUGGAGAGCAACCCCGAGUUUGUGGCUCUCCUUGCGAAACACGCGGCUCUGUGCGAGGACCCCGAUCGUGCUGGCGGCGCGGAGGCAAAGCGGCUGGAGAGAGCGAUGCGGGAUUUGGCGAAGAGAAUUGCGGAGGACGUGGUGGAGGCCCGGCGCCGCGCGCUUGUGGAAACCGAGAACCUGCAUGAGAAGCACCCGUGCCUGCCGGAGGAGCCGGCGCCCGGUGUUGCCAUUGUGGAAGUGGGUUUGGUGGAGGAUCCCGUGUUUCGCGCGCUGUCGCACGAGCUGGACGGUCUGCGCGCUGACCCGACCAAAAAUGCGGAACAGAUUGCGGCGACGGAGAGGGCGGUGCGUGCGCGGGCGAUGGAGCUUGGUUCUGCGAAGCUGCAGGCAACCGAAGAGGAGCAACGCAAUUACCCAUUUCUUCCGAGACGCGUGGAUGACGUGCUUAUGAGCGACCUGCGCCUUGCGGAGGACGGCGUGUUUCAGGAGCUGGUGGCCAGGCGUGACGCACUGGUGGCGGCAGGGCCUGGCAGCAAUCCUGAGUUGCUUACGGCGACGGAGCGCCAACUGCGCGGGCGAGCGAGCGAGCUUGCUGCUGCGAAAAAGGCGGUGGACGCGUUCCGCACCGACGAGGACGAGGCGGUGCGUGCGCGUAACCCCUUCCUGGAGUCGAACGAGGUGAAGCUGGUUCCUUUGCGGUUUCUGAAUCUCAUGGAUGAUGCAAAGUUUCGAGAUUACUACAAAAAGCGACUGGCGACGCUUGGCGUAGAAGAGAUUGAUUUAGAACGACUGCGUAUGUUUGAUGAACUUCUGUGUGGGCGUGCGGAAAUAAUUGCCGAAAGGCAGUUAAAACGGUAUGAUUCCAUUUGGUCUUCGAUGCGCAAACGGGGAUUGUCACCCGAUCUACAAGCGGCUUUUCCAUUUGUUCUAUUAAUGGGCUCUGACGCAAUGGAAAAGGCGCUGGAUAGCCUGGGGACGGGUGAUGAUUUAGAUGUUAUUGUACGGCGCAUGGGCGAGACACAGGCGUUGGCGGAACGCGGCAUUGCGACGGAGUUGAAUGUAUUGCGGGCGCAGUAUCCCAUGUGCGUGAGAGACUUAAAUCCUGCCGUUGCGUUUGACACGAAGUUUCAACGGCUUGAAACAAAACGGCUGUCUUUGCUACAGGAAUAUACGGAGGUGGAGUUAAUUGAAUCAUUAGAGGAGGAGGAAAGAAAUCGGGGUGUGGAGCUUCUGCUUGAUGAGAGGUAUGUGGUGGCCUCCCAAAAGGCAUGUGAAAAGUCAAAAAAUAAGGGAAUUUGUGAAAUGACGGCGGAGGAGUUGACGUCGCUGUGGCGUCACCAGUUGUUGGCACGGCGUUCUUCUCAUCGUGCCGUGUCGUUCCUCGAGGUGACUAAUGAAGAUUGGGAGGAUGCGCAACGGCCAUCCGUGCGGCAGCGCAGGAAGCGGUCGAACUCCUGUACCAGCGCCUCCACGACUUCUUUCAUAGAUGUGCCCGAUAAUACCCCCAUUGAGAUCAUGGAGGAAAACGAACUUUUGCACUUCCCCCCCUGUAGUAAUAGGACGAGUCGCAUCUUCAGUAGCGGCACGUCGCGUGCCGAAUUUCCUGUAGGCGUUGAUGAGAACAAAAACCUGGCGGUAUCAAGUAAUGAGAGAAAGCGUGUGUUGAUGUUGCGUCGCCUACGAAACCGUCGCGCGAGUCGGUAUGUGGCAUUGGAUGGCAUUGAAGACAUCGACGCCGCUGAUAUUCUUGAGAGCGGUGCGGCGUCACAGUCAGCCGCUGAGAGUGGUGGUUCCGGCAAUGGGAUGGUUGAUGUGCACGCAUCAGCACUGAGGUGGAGGGGCCCGGUCUCCCAAGCAGCAAAACAGACGAAGCAAGCACAAAUGAGAAAGGAGACGAAGUAUGUAGUAAGGCGACGCAUGAAGCUGCGUCAUGGUCAUAAGACCAGUUUUACGCAUUUGGCGGUCAGCAGUAUUCCCGACUUGCCGGCGGGUGAACUGGUGGAAACUGGAACGGAAAACUUAAACGAGGGGUCAAAUGUCUCUCGGAAUCUUCCGAAACAUGCGUUAAAACAGCAACCAGAAAAACCGCGGCUGAGUAAUAAGUGCGUGUCUGGGUCAGGUAAAGAGAAACUGUCGUUUCAUAGUUUCCCGAGGAAACAACGGCGGAAGAGCGCCAGCACGUCGACUGUGAUGUUCCCCGCACCGGAGGAGGAGGGCGUCAUGCUUCUGAACGAAGGGGCGCCGGAGGCACCACCACCGCAUCCAUCCGACACCGUCCCACGCAGGAAGGAUUCUGCGCGUGAAGCCUAUCCUUUGGUCUCCCCGGUGCGUGACCAGGAGAAAAGUCGAGAGCCAAAUUUUCCACAUCUGGCUAUGGAAAGCAGGCCUUCACCCGGGUGUACCCUCACAGCCCGAGUUAGCAUGACAGAUGUACGCUUGCAUAGCUUGAGUGUGUCCGAUGUGUCAAUUCCAACACCCCCCCUGAGGCUACCAAAGAUUUACCCCGUGCCCUCAGGAAAAAGCGUGGCAGAGGAAAGUGUGGCGAAGGGGGCAUCAACUUCUCAUUUGGCGAAAAGACCGAGUGAAAGGAAACGACGCCUGAGGAUGAAACAAAACAACAACAAAAGUUCUUUGGUUUUUUUGCACUUGGAAGAGGAUACAUAUGGCGAAAUACGGGAUACGAUGAAGGACGAAUUCCCGUCGGCCGGACGCGGGUUUUUGGACUCGAAUUUUCGGCCACCCUUCCAAGGGUCUGAGCGGUCAGCGCGAAGACUUCGCACAAUCUCACAACACCGUCCCAGUUCCAUAGAGCAGUUGGAUCAGGGUGACCUCCUCUCCGUUCAAGACGACGUGACUGCGAGCCCAACGAAAACUAGAAGACGUCGUCUUUGCUCCUUUGGCUUUUCUAAGGCCUUCCCCAGCGACCGGCGAGAGGCACGGGAGCUUGAACGGGAGAGACGCUUAAUUUCCGAAGUUUUGUUGAAUGCACAGCAGUAUUUAUCACGGAGUGUCACGGCUGAGGAAAUUGAAUGUGAUUCCGCGGCGAUGGCGUUGGUCUUCAAGUAUGAUGAAAUCUCCCAGGCUUUUGCGAUGCGGCGGGCUGCCAUCGUCGAUGCGUUUUUGAAGGAAAUAUUUUCCUCAGCGGUGCAACGUGUUAUUGACAUGUCGAAGGAGCCAAAUUUGCCUGGAUUGGUCCAUCUUCCACCAUCGACGCGUCAGCAGCGACGUCAGAAGAUUGUGAGGGGCGCAGAGACAUUAGGGGGCGUCAGCAAGGAGGAAAUGGAUUCCGGUGUCUUUCCCGUAACGAACCCACGCUGUGUACCACAACCGUGGGCGCACAUUUCUAAUGAGGAACUGGCACAGGAUAGGCGUCUGUACGAAAUGCUAAAUGCCCGCCCUAAAGAAAGCGGAGAGAAUAUUGUGCAUUACCUCCGUGAGUGGUCGGAGCGGAAGGAGGCAGAGAAUGAAGAAAUAUUUGGGAAAUACCCGUUCCUUUCACCCCUGCCACAUGGUGUUCCCCUUUCCGAGCUACGGCUCUAUGAGGAUGCCGAGUUCCAGAGAGAAGCAGCGGAGUAUGAAAUGCGACGCGAGGAUGUAAAGCUGGAGACGGUGUUACGCGGUAUUGUGGACCGUCUUGCCAAGCAGCAGGCGGUCUUGCGAGGUCGAGAAAAUCCACAGCAUUUGUCUCUUCUUGAACGUCUGCGGGCGGCAUGUGGCGACGCCUCCCCGAGUGCGGCAAUUCGGACAGACGCGAGGGUCGAGUUAGAAGUGGUAGCGCCGUAUAAGCGGUCGACCUUUCGUGAAGAAAGCCUUCGUCUUCAAUUUAUCGCGCAGUGCAAACGAGACUCCGUCUGCCUUCUUAGGCGAUUGAUGGUGCGGAUGAAGAACGAGCGCACGGCUGAUAUCCCGCUCAGCAUCGAGGACAUUGAAACCUUUCGUUUCUUUUUUGACGGCGUGGAUUGCGGCAAUUUUGGAGUUUUGGAUCGCGGCGACUUUGUGGACUUUGUGAUGCUGACCAUCUGCGAUGAACUCUCCAUGUCCAGACGCGAGGUGGAAAAUCUCGCGUUCCCGACUGCCCAAAAGGAGCCGCUGCCGUGUGUUGUCGACUUUAGUGACUUUUCCAUGUUUUACAAGUCUCUGGCACUGCGGGAGGUGAAGAGGCAGGACAGCCGCUUCUGUGAGGAAACGGGGCCGUCCCCUGUGCGGGGCCGAUAUUUACCUCCAGCCAAGGAGCCACAAAAAAUCCUCGGCGCCGUAUCUAAGAUCAGCCGCGGCGUCAAGAUGUCAGUGAACACGACGGCUUUGUCCGUCAUACUGCCUUCUCUGUGCAGCCAAAGCACCUGCGUGGAUACAGCGGGCGGUAUGCCCCUGCAGCGGCGACCACUCACGUCGGCGAGGCGCGAACUUGAGCCACAGAAGGAGAUGUCGUUGCCUGUAAUACUGCCGACUGUUCGAGGCAAUAUGACGCAGGGGACGCAGGCAUGGGUGAAGAACAGCUGCUUUUCACUGACGGAGGGCAUAUCAGACACCCAAAAGAGUUGCCUGGCGGGCAGAGAAUGGAAGAAUGAAAAAGAAAAAACGAAGUAG